AUGUCUGGUGAGGAAAAGACCCGCGUCUCUGGCGAGGCUCCUCGUGGGAGCAACUCGCCCGUUCUCCCCACCGUCAACCCCCAGGUCGACAAGCCUUCGUCCUCCGGCUUCUCUAUCCACCCCAGUCUCUACGUCGUAGUCUGGAUUUGCUGCUCGUCUUCCGUCAUCUUGUUCAACAAGUGGCUGCUCGACACCCUCAACUUUCGCUACCCCGUCAUCCUCACCACCUACCACCAGGCUUUCGCUACGCUCAUGACCCAGCUCCUCGCCCACUUCACCACCCUGCUCGAUGGCCGUAAGAAGGUCAAGAUGACCGGUCGCGUCUACCUCCGCGCCGUCGUCCCCAUUGGCAUCUUCUUCUCCCUCUCCCUCAUCUGCGGCAACCUGACCUACCUGUACCUGUCGGUUGCCUUUAUCCAGAUGCUCAAGGCCACCACCCCCGUUGCUGUCCUCAUCUCCAGCUGGAUGAUUGGUGUCUCCAAGCCCAACCUCCGACAGUUCCUCAACGUCUCCACCAUCGUCGUCGGUGUCAUCAUCGCCUCCAUGGGUGAGAUCCACUUCGUCCUCAUCGGUGUCCUGUACCAGAUUGGUGGUGUCAUCUUCGAGGCCCUCCGUCUCACCAUGGUCCAGCGCCUGCUCAGCUCUGCCGACUUCAAGAUGGACCCCCUCGUCUCCGUCUACUACUUUGCCCCCAUCUGCGCUGUCAUGAACGGUGUCGUCGCUCUCAUCUGGGAGGUCCCCCGCUGCAGCAUGGAGGAGGUCUACAACGUCGGCCUCUUCACCUUCUUCCUCAACGGUCUCUGCGCCUUCAUGCUCAACGUCUCCGUCGUUCUCCUGAUUGGCAAGACCUCUGCCGUCGUCCUCACCCUCUGCGGUGUCCUCAAGGAUAUCCUCCUGGUCAUUGCCUCGAUGAUGAUCUGGGGCACCGAGGUUACCGGCCUCCAGUUCUUCGGCUACUCCAUCGCCCUCGGUGGCAUGGUCUACUACAAGCUCGGAUACGAGCAGCUCAAGGGCCACAUCGGUGACCUCAACCGCAGCUGGGCUGAGUUCGGUGCCCGCAAGCCCGUCCUCCGCAAGCUCACCAUCAUCAUCGGCUCCGCCUUUGUCCUCUUCACCCUCUUCGGCGGUCUGGCUCCCACCUACGCCCCCGAGUACGACCCUCGCAAGCUGGCCAAUGAGGCUGGCAGCCGCCUCGGUGUCUCUGGACAGCCCGCUGCUGUCCCUGCCCAGUAA